GAGCCCGCCAGCCGCAGCCGCCCCCCAGGGAGGCCGGGGGGAGCAACACGGAGCCCCCCGCGUAGCCAGAGCUGCACGGGGCAGCGCCGCCUGGGGAGCCGUGUGAGGCAGCCCCGUCCGGGGCUGGGGGGGCAGGAGCGCAGCAAGCCACUUCCCCCGGGCUGCCAGGCGAGGAGGCAGCGUCUGCAGCUGCAGGGCAGCUAUGGACCAUGCUUUCAAGAAACAGGAGGCUCUUUAAUAAUGAUGAUAAGAACAGUUGAUCUUACCACAUCCUGGUUCUCUAGGAAAAAUGGAGGAAAGCAAAAUGACUUCUUCCAGAGGACAGCAUAAGCAUGAGGAUGUUACCAUGCCGAUGCAGGUAUGAACCAUUGUGUCCUGUAAGAUUUAUUUUGCUGGCUCUUAUCCUUGAAGAAUGGCUGCCAUGUCUUGUGAAAAUUGUUCCUUUCAAUACUACAGCCAACUCAAUCAACCUCUUGAAGCUAGCUGUAUGCUGCUCCUGAUUAUGCUUGGAAAAGUGUCCCUCAAUCUCUUCAUGUUGGGAGUUAGAAGACGGGAUGUAAAACAAAGUUUUAUGGGAUAUUUCUGUAUUUCACUGGCACUCCUUGACUUCACACUUCUGGUGAAUAUAGCUUUCAUCUCCUAUUUUGAGGACUUUGCACUUUGGGGUAUGAGAUUUACCAAGUACCACAUUUGUCUAUUCACUCAGAUAAUUUCCUUUACGUAUGGUGUCUUGCAUUACCCAGUUUGUCUUGUGUCUGUUCUAGAUUAUUACAUGACUAUAGCUCAAACCCCUAAACCUGCUAGCAUAGGUCAAAGGCUAUUUUAUAUACUUGCUGUGGUUUUUAUAUGGAUUUCAGUCCUCUUUUAUAUUCUGAAAGUUCCAGCUGUCUCUGCAGAAUUAGAAAUACAGAACCACUUUUUUACAUGCCCUUUCUACAUCAGUGUUCAGAGCUACUGGCUAUCAUUAGCCAUCGUGUUUGUCAUAUGUGUGGCUUUUGUGAUUUGUUGGUCAGAAGUUAUAACUAUGGUGCGGUCUGUCAGGAUUAUUUCCUUUACAAGUGAGACUGUUUUAAUCUUUUCAUAUGCAUCUGACUGCAAUUGUACAGUCUGUAAAAAGCAGCUUUUGACAAGACUCCUCAUCUGCUUUCUUGGUACUUGGGCACCUUUUGUUUUCCUUCAGAUGAUCAUCCUGUUGCUCGGUGCUCAGAUUCCAGCCUACAUGGAGAUGAAUGUCCCCUGGCUAUACUUCAUAAACAGCUUUCUAAUCGCAACAGCAUUCUGGUUUAGGUGUCAUGACAUUCGAUUGACAGAGGGGACGUGGUCUGCAGAUCCAUUUGUCAGCUGGAAAUUCUGCUUCAUCCCAUUUAACAAUCAAAAUACAGAGCAAGCUGAAAAGUCAGGCACAGUAAUCAUCUGUUAAUGAACUGCUGUGUGAAAAGAAUGCAAGUAAGUGCUGUGCAUCCGAGGUGUCGGACAGUGCUAUUUUGGGGUCCUCUGUGAACACGUGUAAAUGGAUUAUAUAAGGAAAUUCCUCAAACUAUAAUCUGAAGAAAAAUUCACAAAAAUGCUCCAAUAUAUAAUGGAAUAUUGCACUACAAUGUGGAAUACUGCACGGUUUUCCAAGAUAGACGUCAAACAAAAAUGGGUGCUUAAUGCACAAAAUAUUUUAAUGGAAUUGUGUUAUAUUUUCAAAUAUAGUUGAAAAAUCUGGGUAAAUAAAAAUGUCCAAUAUUCUGCAAAAAACUGCCUGAUUUUAACAUUAAAUGCUAAUAAACAAAGUUGAGAUUGUUUAAAAUAAAGCAGGUCUGAUGCAUGAACUUCCAUAUUAAAAAAAAAAAAAAAGAGAGAGAGAGAGAGAGGAAUAAAAUCUUUAGCUAAACUUGAGACUUGUACAGCUGUGGAUAGGGUGACCAGAUAGCAACUGUGAAAAAAUGGGACGGGGGUGGGGGGUAAAUAGGCACCUAUAUAAGAAAAAGUCCCAAAAAAUGGGACUGUCCCUAUAAAAACAGGACAUCUGGUCACCCUAACUAUGGAUUAGUAUUAUUUAUUGUCAAACGUUUUAGCUUUAACUACCUCCUUUAUAAUUGAUCAGUUCUAAAAAAGUUUAACUAUUUCCUAUUUAAAAUGGAAGUUUCCCUCUUUGCUUAAGGAAAGAGAAACUGUCUAAAAGGAAUGGAUGUAACUUUUACUACCUUCUCCCCUCAAAAAGUAAAUAUCAUGUAAACUAUGUUUAAAACUGUCCACAAAAAAAGGAAAGGUGGGUGAGGUAAUAUCUUUUAGUGGACCAGCUUCUGUUGGUGAGAGACGAGCUUUCAACCCACACAGACCUGAAGAAGAGAGUGUCUCAAAUCUUGUCUCUCUCACCAACAGAAGAUGGUCCAAUAAAGUAUAUUACCUCGCUCACCUUGUCUCUCUAAUAUAUGGGACUGACACGGCUACAACUACACUGCAUACACAAAAAAAAGAAAGACCAAUAAGAUGCACAAUUACCAGGGUGACAUUAAGUGUGACAGUUUAAACUUUUUGUAAGCACUGAAUGUAACUUAGACAUUCAUAACAUACAAUUUGUACUGUAGAAGCAAGUGUUAUUUAUUUGUUACUUCCUUGCAGUCUUUACAUUCUAUAUUUAGCGUUACACUAACUUUACCAGUAACAUCAGAAUGCAGUGGCUUUCCUUAGUGUACAAAUAAAUGUAAAAUUUUACUUUAAUGU